AUGACACCCGAUGACAGUACGAUGGUUAUUUCUUCGACACGAGAAGAUGAGUAUGAUGGUAUUGGUGUCUGCUUUGAUCACGAUGAUGAAUGCCAACCUCAUCCACAUAACUUCUCCAGGUUUUCAACGUCUACUAGUUCCAUCCCCACCAACGAUGAUGAUGAUAUGGGGAUGUACAUGUCGAGACUGUCAACUGAAAGCUUUGACGCAGAUGCUGAUGAAGAAUUCUCCGACAAAGAGUUGCUUGAACUGUCAUCCGAUUCCGAUGAAGAAACUUGUCAUUACUCUCUUCCCGCCAUCCCAUCUCAUCGGAGGAAUCGAUUGAAGGAGAUUAAAAGAAAGAGGAAAACGAAAGACGGGGGUAUAACGGUGGGCUAUAAUGGAAGUAGCUUUAGCGGGGAGAGAGAAGGUAUGGUGGUCAUCAUCAGGCCAAAAGGAGGGAGGAGAUCCAUGUGUAUGGACAUGGAGGAAGUGAAGGCGUGUAGAGAGCUGGGGUUCGAGUUGGAACAUGAGCAUAUUUCUCCCACUGCUACUUGGCUUAUCUCCGGUCCUGGUGAUGAUCCGAGAGUUGUGAAGGCUCGGCUCAAGGUGUGGGCACAGGCAGUGGCACUUGUAUCCACAUCUAUGCGCUGCAGCUGA